AUGCCUCCACGAAGAGCUCCUAUAAAAAGGAAUGUUGGAGAAGAGAAACAAGCUCUGAAUGAUCUAGUGGCCGAGCAAGUGACCCAUGUGGAAUUUAGGGUAGCAUUUCAAGUGCUUUUCCAAGAUAUGGUGGCACAGGCUAACCGAGAAGUUGAUGCUCCUGUGAACUCAAAUGUGGGUAUGGUGGCAUUAAGAGUUCCUAACUUCACUAGAAUGAAUACCCCAGAGUUUCAUGCAUCCAAGUUUGAUAAGGAACCCCAAGAGUUCAUUGAAGGAGUUCAAAAGAUUAUUGAUAUUAUGGGGGAUAUUCUUUCGCUCCGCAACUCCAUUUUGUUGAGGAGUAUGUGCACAAGAAGAAAAGUAAAAUAUGCCCUGGGAUGA